ACCAACGACCCACGUUGCCCCUUUAAUCGUGUUGGCUCAAACAUUAGCCAAGCGGCUAACUCUAACAUGACAGUUAAUGUGUUCGCUAGACUAAAUACACCCACUAUCGGCUAACUAAUCUGUCACUAGUCUAGCUACACCCCCAAGAGUGGGCAUCAACCAGAGAAGACUUACAGAGACUGUGUGUGUCUUUGACUGUGUGCCUUUCCGCGGAGUGUGACGAGACGCUCAGUCGGUUAGUGUACCAUGGCUUCUAAGCCCCGUCCUCCUUUGAUGAAGAAACACAGUCAGUCAGACCUGGUGAGCCGGCUGAAGACCAGGAAGAUACUUGGGGUUGGAGGAGAGGACGACGAUGGAGAGGUGCAUAGGUCAAAGCUCAGUCAGAUGUUGGGGAAUGACAUCAAGUAUCAGGUGCGAGAGCCUGUUGGACUGAGGGUCUGGAUCCUCAUCUCUGCAGUAGCCUUCACAGUCAUGGCCUUGAUGGCCCUGGUGUUGCCCAAGCAGCUGUAUGACAUAGUGUUUGAAGAGGAGAUCAACAACACCAGUGUCUCCAUCAGACUCUAUGGGGGAGCACUGCUCAGUCUGUCCCUCAUCAUGUGGAAUGGUGUCUAUACACAAGAGAAGAUCAUCAUCCAGUGGACUCUGCUCAGUGAAGCAUGCUACUUUGCCAUCCAGUUUUUAGUGACGUCAGUCACUCUAGUGGAGAUAGGCUCGUUGCCCAACGCUGCAAUCCUCCUCCUCCUCAGCCAAGUAAUCUUCCUCCUGAUCACUCUGCUCUACUACUACCACCUGGGCAGAGGACGACCCAAGAAGAUAUGAUGGCGAGGGGACAGUUGCUUCCAGAUGUGGGCUCAGAGGGAGGUGGGGUGUAUUGAGGGAGGCAGGUAGCCUAGUGGUUAGAGCGUUGGGCCAGUAAAGGUUGCUAGAUCGAAUCCCCGAGCUGACAAGGUAAAAAUCUGUCCUUCUGCUCCUGAACAAGGCAGUUAACCCACUGUUCCUAGGCCAUCAUUAUAAAUACGAAAUUGUUCUUAACUGACUUACCUAGUUAAAAUAAAGGUUAAAUUAAAAAAUAUAUAUUAGUUGAAAGUGUAGAAAUGUAAUGUGCAGUGGUGCAAAAAGGACUACAUUUACAUACUUGAGUAAAAGUAAAGACACAAUAGAAAAUGACUCAAAUGAAAGUCACACAGUAAAAUACUACUUGAGUAAGUCUAAAAGUAUCUGGCUUUAAAUGUACUUAAGUACAGUGGUGGAACAAGUACUCAAUUGAGUAAAAGUACAUUCUAUAUGUCAAAUGACUUAUAAUAAGCAAAUCAGAUGGCACAAUGUUCUUUUUUAAUUUAUUUCACGAACGGACGGGCAGACUCCAACACUCAGGUCGUGUCUACACUUGACACUUACAUGCGACUUCUGCUAUCAGAAUAAUAAGAUCGCAUUGAAAAGACUGGUCUGAUUGUGUUCAUUCUGUCUGAAUGCUUUGCGUGCGGGUUUCUCCUCAGUCUGGACACAAUCAGGCUACUGAAUUGCGCAUACAGUGGGUGACGUGAUCAGCAUUCCUCGCGCAAGUCUCCAGAAAACGUGUGUAUUGGGACCGAGGCACCUUUUCAUUAUAACGUUGGAGGAAAUGCGUUCCUAGCGGGUGAGGAUAGUGUUUGCUGGCCUCAUAAAUGCUAGCCAGAAAGCUAAUAUUCAGAAAAACUGUUUUUGCUUGGCUAGAGUUAUGCUAACCCGUUUGCAAUCCCUUUAGAGUAGCUUGCUGGCUAGUUACAGAGGUUAGCUACAAUAGUUGGGUAUUGCCAUCAGUUGUGGCGUUAUUGUCCUAUUUGGCCUAUUCCACCGUUUGUAGAAUGCAUAUUGGCAUUUGAAUAUAGCGCGGGAAAAGGGAAUUCGGAGACACUGUGGACAGGGUAGACACAUUUACAUCUACAUUCGGGAAGUAUUCAGACCCCUUGACUUUUUUUCACAUUGUUACGUUACAGCCUUAUUCUAAAAUGGAUUAAAAAAUAAUAAUCCUAACCAAUCUACAUACAAAACCCCAAACAGGUUUUAGAAAUGUUUGCAUAUGCAUCAAAAAAAAGUUUCGUAUUACAUUUAGAUAAGUAUCCAGACCCUUUACUCUGUACUUUGUUUAAGCACCUUUGGCAGCAAUUAUAGCCUUGAGUCUUCUUGGGUACGACGCUACAAGCUUGGCAAACCUGUAUUUGGGCAGUGUCUCCCAUUCUUCUCUGCAGAUCCUCUCAAGCUCUGUCAGUUUGGAUGGGGAGCGUCGCUGAACAGCUAUUUUCAGGUCUCUCCAGAGAUGUUUGAUCAGGUUCAAGUCUGGGCUCUGGCUGGGCCACUCAAGGACAUUCAGAGACUUGUCCAGAAGCCACUCCUGCGUUGUCUUGGCUAUGUGCUUAGGGUUGUUGUCCUGUUAGGUGAACCUUCGACCCCAGUCUGAGGUCCUGAGCGCUCUGGAGCAGGUUUUCAUCAAAGAUCUCUAUACUUUGCUCCGUUCAUCUUUCUCUUGAUCCUGACUAGUCUCCCAGUCCCUGCCACUGAAAAACAUCCCCACGGCAUGGUGCUGCCACCAUCCUUCACCGCAGGGAUGGCUCAAGGUUUCCUCCAGAUGUGACGCUUGGUAUUCAGGCCAAGGAGUUCACUCUUGGUUUCAUCACACUGGAGAAUCUUGUUUUUCAUGGUCUGAGAGUCCUUUAGGUGCAUUUUGGCAAACUCCAAGCAGGAUGUCAUGUGCCUUUUACUGGGUAGUGGCUUCCAUCUAGCCACUACCAUAAACACCUGAUUGGUGGAGUGCUGCAGAGAUGGUUGUCCUUCUGGAAGGUUCUCCCAUCUCCACAGAGGAACUCUAGAGUGACCAUCGGGUUCUUGGUCACCUCCCUGACCAAGGCCCUUCUCCCCCGAUUGCUCAGUUUGGCUGGGCGGCCAGCUCUAGUGAGAGUCUUGGUGGUUCCAAACUUAUUCCAUUUAAGAAUGAUGGAGGCCACUGUGUUCUUGGAACUUUAACGCUGCAUAACUUUUUUAGUACCCUUCCCCAGAUCUGUGCCUCGACACAAUCCUGUCUCGGAGCUCUACAGAAAAUUCCUUCUACCUAAUGGCUUGGUUUUUGCUCUGACAUGCACUGUCAACUGUGUGACCUCAUAUAGAUGGGUGUUUGCCUUUCCAAAUCAUGUCCAAUCAAUAUAAUUUACCACAGGUGGACUCCAAGUUGUAGAAACAUCUUAAGGAUGAUCAGUGGAAACAGGAUGUACCUGAGCUCAAUUUAGAGUCUCAUAGCAAAGUGUCUGAAUAGUUAUUUAAAUAAGAAUUUUGUAAAAACUUGUUUUUGCUUUGUCAUUAUGGGUUAUUGUGUGUAGAUUGAUGAGGGGGAAAAAAUGUAAUCCCUUUUAUAAUAAGGCUGUAACGUAACAAAAUGUGAAAAAAGGGAGGGGUCUGAAUACUUUCCGAAUGCUCUGUAAGUGUAGACACAAGACGCGUUUGGAAUUCCAUGAUCAGAAUCAUAAAGCUGCAUGAAGUUGUCAAGUCUAGACACGGCCUCAGACAUCAUUUACAAACACAGUGUUUAGUGAGUCCGUCAGCAGAUCAGAGGCAGUAUGGAUGACAACGUGUUAUAUUGAUAGGUGUGUGAAUUGGAACACAUUGCUGUCCUGCCUGAGCUUUUGAAAUUUGGGUCAAAUGUAAAAAUACAAAAAAUCAGGAAUGUAGUGGAGUAAAAGUUGUAAAAACAUAAAUAGAUACCCUCAAAAAUGACUUAAGUAGUACUUUAAAGUAUUUUUACUUCAGUACUUUACACCACUGGUAAUGCGUAGGGCUGACAUGCUUUACGUAAGUCAUGACAGACACUAAUGCCUGGUCUACACAAUAUAGUUCUAUCUAAACGUUCUGUGACGUUAUGUUCUCCUGAACAGGGAUGUGGGAGGGGCUUGGUGCGUGUAUGGGUUAUUAAAUGCAUCCAGCCCCUUGCAAUACUAGACCCCAGAUUUGAUUAUUACCACAGCAGUCAACACAUGGUGGUCUGGUGGUGUCAUAAUCUGUUCUGUAUAUGGAAAUGAGAAUGGGUCUGAUUGUGAAAAUGUACAAAGAGAUUAAGUCAUGCUCCUCCAAAUACUGUACACUACUUGUGUGUGGAACAAGAUUAUGAGUAAGAAAGGUUGUCGUUGUAGAAAAUGGGGCAAGACAUUUGCAGUAAGGUUGUUCUGGUACUGUACCUCCCAGCCUCCCAGUCAUGUGACUUAGUGGGUGUGUAACAAAUAAUACCCCAUUUCCUAUAUAGUGUACUACUUUUGACAAGAGCGCUAUAGGCCCUCAUCAAAAGUAGUGCACUAUAGGAAAUAGGGUGCCAUUGGGAAUAGGCCCGAGAUGUACAGAGUAAAUUGAAACACUAGGCUGUGUUUUUAUGUCCAGUAAUUUUGCUUUGUUUUUAAAUUGCAGUAUUGAGUGUGCUCUGAUCUGUGGGUAGAGUUACAUUUUGAACAUGCUGUGACUUCAAGGACCAAGAGUUUUUUUACUUGUAUUUACAUUUGUUUUUCUCAAUUUUUAUGGUGUUGGUGACGUUUUUACUUCUCCUGUGCAUGAAGUGAAUUCUGUAUACAUUUUCUCUCUCUCUCUCUUGUAUCGCUUUCUAUCAGUCCUCCAAAUUAAACAUAGAAUGACACGACACUCUGUUUUAAGGGUGUGGAGUGUAAUAGCAUCAUAGCCAUAGAAAUACAGGCACUAGAAUGGACAUUCCCUUUCAAGUCAGUUAUUCUAUUUCAAUGAUCAGUCCUGCUGCCUUGUAUCUAAGCUUAGAGUUGAUAUGAAAUGCUGACUCCCAAAUGGUGAGACAAAUUCCAGCUGACAAAGUGUGGAUCAGUGUUUGUAUUAUUGUCUGUUCUCAAUGCUUCCUGGACCAGAACAUUGAGGGAGGUCAGAGGUCAGCUUUUCAUUCUGCCCAAUGGGCAUAGAGGUCACAUAUGAUAGAGAGAACUCGUCUGCUAACAUGUUAUUGAGAGUGAGCUUACAAUAUGGAGCACCUAGGGAAUCAAAACACUUUUUUUCUGAGAUAAAAACCUUUUUAAUUCAAUUAUCUGUCAAGAUUUUUGACCAAAACGAAUCCACUAAUGACAAGAUGUUUAUAGGCUCACUGUACACAGAAAUGCAUAGUGACGCUUCAUUGCAGCUUGGACAGUGUACAUUCACACAGCCAUUGGUUACUGAUGAUCAUAUCUCCUGUUGGUAACAAUACAACUUUUAUUGGUCCAACUGUUACCUAACCAAACCAUGCACAUGUGUAUGGUCUGUCCAUACCAGCAUGGUGAAAGGCAGAGUAAUAACAAUCGCUUGAUCGGUACACUUAUUUUUUUUACUGUGCGCUUAAUGUGACCAGCAGAGUAUGUCUGUGUUAUGUCAGGGACUUCUGUAUUAGUAAUGUAGCACACUCUAAUAGAUAGCUAACAUAUCUGUCUUUAGUCUUGCCUUAAAAAGAACUCACAACCAACACACAAUUCACUUGAUACUUGUAAAUGAAGUAGCCAUAUACUGUACUGCUGCCAUGUGGUUUAGUUCAUUUGAACAGAACAGGGAACGUAUACAUUUUAUAGAUCAUUAGUUGAAUGUUUUCCAAAGGUGGAUUAAAGGCCCACUCUCUGAUUUGAGGAGUGAUCCUGGAAUGGUUUUUAACUAUGCAGUGACUGGAGUCUAAGCCCUAUUUAAUUGUUUUUCAUUUAAGUGGUAUGUGUCUUGUUUUGAUAAUGCGUUAGUUGACAAUUGCAUGCAAUAUAGUCCCUUGUGUACAGGAAUGUAGCAUGUGUCUUUUGUAGCACACUAUACUGUAAUAAAGGCUAGAAAGUAAGUA